AUACCACACGAACAGUUUUCAUGUGCAGAUAGCCCUCACAGGCAGAACAUGGUUGAGGGUAUGAGAACAAUUGCCUUGAAACUUGAAUUUGGAGCUUUCCGAAACCAAAUAUUUGAAAGGACCAUUGCUGUGCAUUUCACUAACCCAUUCUAUGUCACUUCAAGGGUUGCCAAUAAAUGCAAUGAUGGCACUUUACUUUUGCAGGCGACGAUACACUCCCAAGUAAAAGCUACUUUGUGCUUAUAUGAUGCGUGGUUAGACCUUCAAGCUGGAUUUGUGCAUGUGAGGAAGGAAAAUGGGAGAGUUGUUUCAAGUUUUUUCCCUCUCAUCAUUUCUCCAUCUUCUACUGUAGGAAUCUUAUUUAGUAUUUGUAUAGAUAAGAUGGCUAUUGGAGGUACAUUUGUUUUCACUGAUUUAGAGUGCUUAUCCUUACUGCAUAGGUCGUCUUUUUUCCUCCCUUUUCUUCCUUGUAUAAUGCAGUUGGCAAUCUUUAUCUUUUGAUUAUGGCAUUAUUCUGAAUUGGAUUCUUCUUCACACAAUAUAAAAGGGCAGCCCGGUGCACGAGACUUCCGUCAUAUUUUGGUCACAAUAUGACAACAACUUUACUGUUGUGCCAAAGCUCCCAUUCUUCUUCACACAAUAUAUUAUAUAAUAUAUGCAGCUUUACCAUUGCGCCAACUUUAUUGUGACCUUUUGAUUAAGGUUGCAAGUUGAGGUCCUCAAGGUUGUGCCAAAUCGAAGAGCUACAUCAUUCCUGCAGCUGUGGUCCUCGAGGUUCUCUCCAAAUCGAAGCACCAAAGUUGUGACAGGGGCUCCGAAUAUGAUUAUCUCGGAGGGGAUGCUUGAUUAAUUUACCAUUUAUGAAUUGGUCUUCAUUUCUAUUUGGCUGCUGAUAACCCAUGUUAGGAUUUAAUAAGUAUCUUGACCUUCCAGUUGAGAUCUUAGAAAUCAACGUAGUCAUUACUUUCUAUCACUAGUGGUUACAUCAUGACAUGCUAUUACGUCCUAAGAAAAACUGUGUACUAGUGUAUUAUGUCACAAGAU